AUGGGGGCUUCGUACCGGGGAGAGGGAUGUUGGGGUGUCCGCAGAGCCUGGGGCGCUGCGGGAGCUGCUGGCUGCGGGGCGAGGAAGGCGGACGGGGGGCACCCCAGAGCGCUCGGGGGCUGUGGGGAGCUCGUGGCCGCGGGUUCGCGCCCCGGCUGCUCCUCACGGGAGCGGCGGGUCUAAGGAGAACCGGCCAAAGAAAUGAACUGGCUCCGGGGUUCGGGGCGAGCCGAGAAGAACAGGAGCAGGUUCCUGGGUGGAGUUACAGAUGAAUGGCAAUGGCAAUAGCAACGAUAACGGCAAUGGGAAAAACGGAGGUUUGGAACAUGUCCCUUCAUCAUCCUCCAUCCACAAUGGAGACAUGGAAAAAAUCCUCCUGGACGCCCAGCAUGAAUCAGGGCAGAGCAGCUCAAGAGGUAGUUCCCACUGUGACAGCCCUUCACCUCAAGAAGAUGGACAGAUAACUUUUGAUGUGGAAAUGCACACAAGUAAAGACAGUAGUUCUCAGUCUGAAGAAGAAGCAGUAGAAGUAGAGAAAGAGUUGGAAGUUUUGAAGAAGAGUGCUGACUGGGUGUCAGACUGGUCAAGUAGGCCUGAAAACAUUCCUCCCAAGGAAUUCCAUUUCAGACAUCCUAAGCGUUCAGUGUCUUUAAGUAUGAGAAAAAGUGGAGCAAUGAAAAAAGGUGGCAUUUUCUCUGCAGAAUUUCUUAAGGUUUUCAUUCCAUCUCUGUUCAUAUCUCAUGUUUUGGCUUUGGGACUAGGCAUCUACAUUGGAAAACGACUGACCACACCUUCAGCCAGCACUUACUGAAAGAUGGAGUGCAAAACCUGGAAAUCCACGUGACCUGUGAAGGUGUUACUGUCUCAUUUAGUACAUUUGACUUGAGACCAUUUUAAGCAUGACCCUGACUUCACCCUUUCCUUACAUAUCCAGGUUUUCGCUAACUCUGGAAUUCAGUAUUGUGUUGGAACUCUGUUGAGGUGUUUCGCUAUCCACAUUCUUUCCCCCUCUCCUCCCAUUCCCCUGCCUCUUGGCCUGCAAGACACGUCAGAGUUGCUGAACGGAGUUUACAACUGUCUAUAUGUUGCAAGGGCUUCUCUCAAUGCAAAAUGCCACCAGCAAGUUUUAAUUUUAUCAGUGAUGCUGUUGCCUCCUUAGUGCAACCUGACUUAAAUUGCAGUUGUGCAUGGUAUAAAUGUUGACUGUAUUAUGGUGAUAAAAUUAACAGUCUCUUUGGAAGAAAAUUAUUGAUUGGAGUGAAAAUGAAUUUCUCUUUUGAAAAACAGGCUGGUUGUGAAAUAAACUAAGAAAUCACUGGCAAUAAAAAACAGUUUAAAUCAGCUUUUGGGGGAAUUUACUUGGCCCCUUGUAUUGGCUAACACCCUUUGAUUUGCAGGAGGCAAAGACUGCAUAGAUUUUAAAGUAGGAUAACUAAAUCCAUCAGCAUAUUUUAAUAGUAGGUAGUUGUUGUAAUCUUGUCUUUUCUAUGAAGUCAGCUCCUUAUUCCUUGUAGGAAAACCUGUCUGAUGCCUAGAAAAUAUUAGAAAAACUGCAUUGUUUGCAUGUGAAGAAGCUUUUAUUUUCCUUACCUGUUUUCUUAAGGGAAAAUUUUAAAUGUGAAAUUUUCCUUCUAAAAGUAGUUUUAAAUUAAGGAAAAUCCCAACAGCUGUAGGUAGAGUUAGACUCUGUAUAAAAUGGUAGGAUUCUGUUUGUUGUGGAACCAUUUACAAUUACUAUGAAACGGCAGUUUCAGAAGGUAAAGUGUUUGACUUAUUGUUAAGAGGGACAAUCUUGCAGGUGCGUAGAGAUUCAGAAGUUGCGAAGCUCUAGAAUGUCUUCUGCAAAUGAGUUUUCAAUAUUCCUAUCUCACUGUUUACUGUACAAUCUCCUUUGGGGAUACAUGGAAUCUGAAAGUCACUCGUGAUGUCUCAUGUUAGAUAGACUUCUCACUGAUGUUGUUGAACUUUUAUCUUAGGGAACAUUAAGCCUUGUCCUCCUUCAGUGACACUUCUUUUCAAAAUGUGAAGCUUUAGUACCAAAUUGUUACAAAGCGUUGGGACAGUCAUGUCCUUAAAUAGAUUUUAUUGGAUUUCAGAACAUGUAGCAUGACUCUGAAGGACAGGAUACUCUUUUAUAUAUAUAUAUAUGAAUAUAUUAAAAAAAAUGAUAUAGACUUUAAUACUAAGUACUUAGGGAACCAAUGCUAAUUAUAAGACUAGAAAAAAUCUCAUUUAAAUACAAACUUUAGUAGGCUGACUUGCAGAAAAUGAUAAUAUAGUCAGCCAGUUUGGAGAGACCAGCUACCUGUAAUUGUUUGCUUGCAUCAGACUUUAUAGAGCUGAUUAUUUGAUAGAGCAGUGAUCGCUUGAACCAUUUGAUGCAUAGAACCUAAAUCCCAAUUGAGAUUUGGUUUAAAACAACUUAGCUCCUAGGAAGGAAGAAAAGUUGUUCUCUCCUUCUGAAUGCUGUUGGAGAAUGCUUUCAGGGUGACAAAAAACAUCUUUUGGAGAUGUCUUUUUCCUUCUAGUCGUGAAUGUUAGAGGCACUUGAGCUGCCCACGGCCGCAGAUUUGUUUCAAGCGUGGAUAUUGGUUUUCACCCAAAGGUGGGGAGGGAAGGGGGAAGUGGUGAGGGGUGCUUUAGAUAGUACCAAGUACAUCCUUUUACAGUCCUGAAAACCGAGGGGAUGGGGGAAAGGCUGAAACACUUUCAGUUCUAAUUACAGCACCUUGUUUUGUAUGGAAAUUGGAAUAGUGGAAAAAUAGAUUUUUAUUAAGUAGGGAGUACCUUUUUUUUAAAAAAAAAAAAAUGUUACCCCUUUCUGAAUUAAAAGGUAAUUCUUCUUAAGAGCAUCUGAUAUAUAAUAUUGCAAGCUUGUGGCUAGAGUAUCAACACAGCUUAUAAUAUUUGAAGGAGCCGUGAAGUAAAGAUUGUGCAAACUGUGGAUGAGGAAUGGCUACGUGAUCACUGUAACACUUGCUAUGAUGCGAUGCAGUAUUUAUUGAUACCCUACUAUAAGCUUUGGAUGGAAGUCUACAACUUCUAGUUUUACAAUGAACAGAAACAGAUUGUUGUAUAAUUUGCAAGGGGUUUCAACUAUUGAUAGUUGAAGUUUUGUUAAGAUAAAUGUUGUUUUAAAAAGCUUUAUACCUGUUUACAGUUUUGGAAAAAAAAUGCAGGCUUCAUUUUUCUUACAUUCAGUGAAAACUGGCCUAGAAUAUUUGUAAAUAGAAUCAAGGAAUAAAUGCAUAAACUCGCACAUUAAAAAUGCAGCAGGCUAACUUAACUGCAGCAAAUGCAUAUUUACUUACUCUUUUAAAAACUGAAAGCUGAAGAUCGUUAGAAUUCAAAUUUUUUAAUUGACAUUUGAUGAACUAUUGGAGUUAUCUGAGCCAAAGUGAUUAUGCAUUCUUCAUAAAUUAGUUAGCACUUUGUAACAUUAUAUACAGUUUACAGUACAUGUAUAAGUUGUAGCUUAUAAACAUUUUGUGCCAUUAAAGCUCUCACAAAA